AUGGCAGACUUCUUAUGGACAAAACCGUUGCCUCCCCGGCGAAGAAGAUCAGAGCUGACGCUGAGCAAUCCGCCUCCCGAUGAAGAAGAAUUCGUUCCACACCUUGGCGUUCCAUCUAUUCGAUCGCGCCAGUGGAAGCCCAUUCCACGCAUCGCGAGUCUCGAUGUUCUAAGUGCUGCUAGAUUAGGCACAAGCAACUGCCCAAGCAUCAGAUCAGACGGCUCGCAGUCGUCCUCUCAUCGGCUGUCGCCAUCACCAGCAGAGCCAACUGAGCCAUCCGAUACAGUGUGGUAUCAAGAGCGAGACGAGACGGAACGUGCUCUCUCACUGGAGCAGAUGAUUAAUGCGUUACACUACACGAUGAUGACCAAGAACGUCCUCGAUCCGGUUCCCAGGGAGUAUAACUCUUACAUCUUGCAUUUGUUAGAGGGUUACUGGGAUCUCCAGGAGCGGCUGAAGAAGACGGAGCUGGAGCUCGCAGAGGAGAAGGAGACAAAGUUGAGGAGUCUUGAGGAAUUCACUAAGAUGUCUGAGGAAUGGGAGUCGAAGGAGGCCGACUUCCGCGCUGAGAUCAAACGUAUGGAACUAGUUCUCGUUGAUAUGGCGCCUGCAGGUGUUGGUGCAGUGGUUCUGGCCAGGUCUGGCAGUCUCGUCGACAGAAGCGCAAGAUCCUCUCGACUCUUCAAGGCCAGGGUCGAGAAGGCCAAAGAAAGUCCUCCGAAAGGUGAUGACGGCGCCAGCAAGGCCGACGGCCUAGAUAACACACGGAUUUCUAUGGGUUCUGGAAGUCCCCGCCUGAACCAUCGAACCUUCUUGUCAAUGCAACCUAAUUUGGAUGACAAUGCCGAUGUUGAACUGAGCAAAGGUCUGAGAAAGGCUGAACGACGACAACAACGGGCCUCGAGACGCAGGAAGAAGGAGGGCCUCCUUCCACCGGUCAAUUUGGCAUUGGAUAGCUCAUCGGAAGAAGAAGCAAACAAGUUAGCAUCGGUUCAGAAGACAGCCAGGUUGCCUGGAUUGGAGUCCAUGAAGCCUCGACUAUCACGGCGACAGGCACCACCCGCGCAAACCGCCACCCCAGAAUCGUCCGCAAAAGCAGCCGACAUGUCUGGAACGGGUGAGCAUGACGAUGUACAUUACCGGCCUGAGGACGCACCCCACACCGGCGUAGAAUCGGCUGAUAACAGAUCGGCCGCAACGGGCAUGCCGAAACAUGAGCGGCCGACAGGUACCGACCCGGAUGUCAUGACGGCCACGACUGACCGUGAAACCUCAGGGACCCGCCGCCACAAGAGAGACUUCUCCUUCGAUGCUGGAGAAGAUAGCUUUCGGCUACAGACCCUGUCUGGCAGUGCUGGUAUUUCUGACGAAAACGAUAUCUGCAUGGGCAGCCCAGAGGCUUUCCCUUUACAGCGCCGCCUUUCGUCAGAUGAAGAGGCUUCCAGGCCAUCAGUCACUGCAGGGCCUUACAACCAGCAAGAUCAGAUACUUCGCAGCGAUACACAGGAGUCGCCAGACAAAGACGAAGGCAAUGCCCUCGAAGGCAGCUCUGAAGUAGAGCAAAUCGGCACAGAAGGCGGCAGACGGGCCACGAGACCUAGUCUCCUACGUAGACGACGAAGCUCCCGCUCACACAAAUCGUCCCACGAGUCCUUGGGCAACAAACAGAGAGCCGUCAGCAAUGAAGCCGGAGGAUAUGGCAUGGCUAGCUCAACGGAGCAAAGUACCACAGGCGCAAAUCAAACACACAUAGCGGCAAAUGAGGCCUCGAAGCGGACGAGUAGCGAGGGACAGGGCCAAGGCUGGUCCCCAGGUUGGUCCAGAGGCUAG